AUGAAAUAUGAGAAUGAUACAAAAUAAAUAGAUAAAUCUACCAUAUAAACACCAAAACUGAUGUCAUAAAAUCAAUCACGAAGAAUCAUAAGUAGGUUAAUAGUUAGGAUAAGAAACUAUAAAGGAGUCUUAGUAAUCUAUGAUUCAACUACAAGACACAAGAUUUUAAUGAGUUAACUCUGUCAACCAAUGUUUAUACAUUCUCAUAGAAUUGUUUAGAGUAAUAAAUAAUCUACUUUUGAAAGUCCAAAAUUAAAAAGAUAUUGUUUAAAUUUGGAUAAUCAUCAUCUAAAUAUAAUCAAGCAAUAAAAUUAUAAAAAAAAGGUUGAAUAAGUUAAUAAAUUUUAAAAGGAAACUUAACUAUGUCAUCCUUAUAAAAGAAUAAAGAGAAAACAUAACAAGUUUUAUAGAUUAAAAGUAAAAUCAAAAUAGUUAAAACUACUUAAUUCAUUUUAAAUAUAUGGCUGA